ACCUAGGCGUCAAAAACCAAGUCAAGAUACUAAUGCUCAACUUAUUGAUCUACUCAAUAAACAUAGUAAUCGUGAACUUACAGACUUAGAAUUAGCGCUUCAGUGUGGCAAAGCAGUCAAAACUCAACUAAGCCGUGGACGUCAAUAUUAUCAUCAUAUGUGGUAUACUCUUCCUUGGCCAUUUGAUGAGUUCUUCCACGAAUAUGUUCCAUACAAAUGGAUUACUAAGGUACAAGUGUUUGAAAUACCUUCUAAAAAAAUGGCGACAAUGGAUCAAUCAUCUCUUCGUUCACUAGAUGCAUCAGGACAAACGCUGUCAUCAUCUACAUGUACUUUACCUUAUGUGGCAUUCUCUGAUUGUAUUGAAACGGAUUUCGGUUUUUGCUUUCGACGAAAAUUCGACUCAUCAGAUGAUAAAAUUGAAACUGCAUUUGAAGAUCAUACAAAAUUUAUUCAACAGUUAUGUCAUCGUAUACUUCAGUUGUCUUUUGACAAACCACCUUAUUAUUCAAUUGAAGAUGAUGCCUGUGGACUCGCAAUGUGGUUUUCAUUUAUAUAUGUUACAGUUGACAUGAGAAUUUAG